AUGAGUCUCUCAAAGCCAGCCAAAGUCGCCUUUGUCAGCGGCGCAAACGGAAUCACCGGCUUCGCCAUAGUCGAGCAUCUCCUGCAGCAGCCGAAGAGCGAAUGGUCCCAAAUCAUUGUUUCUUCCCGUCGACCAAUGGUCUAUCCCUGGUACGAUGCGCGCAUCGAAUUUGUGGCCGUCGACUUUCUUGACCCCGUUGAGAAAACCACCGAGGCCCUGAAGUCCAUUUGCAAAGAUGUCACUCACGUCUACUACUCGUCCUACGUGCACCACCCGGAUCUCUCUAAGCUACCCGAGAAGAACGUUCCUCUCUUCAAAAACUUUCUCGACACUGUGAGGGCGGCUUGCCCGAAGCUGGAGCGAGUCUGCCUGCAGACUGGCGGGAAGUACUAUGGCACGCACCUGCAUCGGCGGCCCGUGCCCCACACCGAGGACUUACCCCGCUACGACGACAAGGGUGAAAACUUCUACUAUCCACAGGAAGACUACCUCGCUUCAGCCCAAGCCGCUAGCGGCGGUCAGUGGUCGUACAGCAUCAUCCGGCCUUUCGCCGUCAUCGGAUAUGUGCCGCAAGCCAACGGCAUGUCCAUGGGCCUCUCGUUGGCAAUCUACUUGAUUUUGCACGUUGAGCUAGGUUCGAAGGUGCAGUUUCCCGGAAAUGAAUUUACGUACAACACCAUGGAGGAUGUGUCGUACCCACCGGCCAUGGCGGACCUGUCGGUCUGGGCAACGACCCAGGACAACACGAAGAACGAGGCCUUCAACUGCACUACUGGAGACCUUAUCAUGUGGCGCUACUUCUUCCCACAGCUUGCCAGUUAUUUUGGCCUCGAGGGUCCCGAGGAAGGAAACGAGCUCCUGCCGGUGACCCCAGCGGAGUGGGUCAAGGACAAAAAGCCCGUCUGGCUGGCUAUCGUGAAAAAGUACGGCGGAAACCCCGACGCGUUUGAUUGGUGCACGUGGGACAUGUGGUCGUGGGCCAUGUACAGGAAAUGGCCUAUCUGGGGCUGCAUGAACAAGGCGAGACGACUUGGAUGGAAGCGCCAGGACUUCGCGUAUGAUGUUUGGACCGAGACUUUCAAGGCUUUUGAGAAUUCUGGAGUCCUGCCCAAGGCAAGCUUGCUGAGAAAGGCCAUGGAGGGAAAACGUACCGUUUGA